AUGGGAUCGAUUUGGGUCCUGGUACUCCUGUGGUCCGCACUCUGCACUGCCCUUGACCAAGCUGCACUUCAGGAGGCUUUGGCGUAUCUGAAGCGGUAUGGAUAUUUGCCCACCUCACUACUUCCUUCAGGGCAGGGGGAUGAGGUUGAAGCAUUGGCAGAGGCUUUGAGAACAUUCCAGAAGGUCACUGAACUGCCAAUCACAGGAAAACUGGACAAUGCUACCUUAGCCAUGAUGAGGAAACCUCGUUGUGGCAUAGAAGAUCCUUUCAAUAAUAAGACUCUUAAAUAUCGUGUCCUGGGUUACUGGCGAAAGAAGAGCCUCAGCUAUCGGAUCUAUAACUAUACCCCUGAUCUGGGACUGGCAAAGACACGAGCUGCCAUUCAGACGGCCUUUAAGUACUGGAGUGAUGUGUCACCUCUCAGGUUCCAAGAGGUGACGAACGGUCCGGCAGAUAUCAAACUUUCUUUUCACAGGAAGGACAAAACGUGUCAAGUGCCAUUCGAUGGGCCAGGGAAGGUCUUGGCUCACGCCGACGCGCCGGAGUCUGGGAUUGUACACUUUGACGCGGACGAGAUGUGGACGGAAGGGAGGUAUUAUGGUUCAAACCUACGGAUUGUGGCAGCCCAUGAAAUUGGUCACGCCCUUGGUUUAGGACACUCCCAGUACCACAGUGCCCUCAUGGGUCCCAUCUACAGCGGCUAUCGUCGUGACUUCAAACUUCACCUGGACGAUAUCCGAGGAAUCCAAGCACUAUAUGGAAAACCUGAGAAGAAGCCACCUAGUGCUGUCAGACCCCCAAGUCAACAUUUACCAGGGCUUAAUCCACCUGACCCCUGUACUGCAAAGCUGGAUGCAAUUAUGCUAGGUGCCAUGCAGAAGACAUAUGCCUUCAGUGGACAGUACGUGUGGACAGUAUCAGAAAAAGGUUACAGUACACCCAUCCGUAUUAACAUGCUGUGGAAAGACUUAACUGGGAACGUAGAUGCUGCUGUUCACUCCCAGAGGACUAACAAAUCUUACUUUCUCAAAGGAGAUAAAGUAUGGCGGUAUUCAGGUUUUAAACUGGACCAUGGCUAUCCAAAAAAAUUGACCAUUCCUGCCAACAUAGAUUCAGCAUUCUAUUUUCCUGCCAACAAAAAUCUCAUCUUCAUAAAGGGUUCUGAGUACUGGCAGUGGGAUGAACUGGGGUCGGGCAAAGAACUUCGGGAAUACCCCAAGCCCCUCUCUAAACUCAUCUCUGGCUUACCAUCCCAUCCCGAUGCAGCCUUGACUUGGACUAAUGAUCACAUUUAUAUAUUCAAGGGCGAUAAAUACUGGCGCGUAGGCCCGAGACUCCACAUUGAGAAAGGCUACCCUAUGAGCAAGAGUGAGCGCUGGAUGCAAUGUGACAACUGA